CUCCCUCUUUCACACGCGCACACACGCGUUUUUAUCCCCUGAUUAUAUAUAGUUGGUGGUUUUGCUUUUCUUAAAAUGACAGAAGACUAUCUUACAAGUGUUAUUCACUAAUUUUGAACGUAAUUCAGAGAAGAAGAGCUCGAUAAAGGGACCGAGUUGAGGCACAGAUAUAUAUAGAUAUACUAUAUAUAUUUAUAGACAGUGUAUUGAUUGGGAUUCUGGAAUAGAAUUUGAAUGGCUGGAGGAGGGGCAGAAGAGGGGGCAUCGUUGGAGUACACUCCGACAUGGAUUGUGGCCGCCGUCUGCACCGUCAUCGUCGGAAUUUCCCUCGCCGUCGAACGCCUCCUCCACUACGCCGGAAAGUAUCUGAAGAGCAAGAACCAGAAGCCCCUCUACGAAGCUUUACAGAAAGUUAAGGAAGAGUUGAUGCUUUUAGGGUUUAUAUCGCUGCUUCUGACGGUAUUUCAAAGUAGUAUUGUCAAGAUUUGUGUGAAUGAAGAUAUAACAAAACAUCUCCUUCCUUGCGAGUACCCAUCGGAAGAAGCCGAAUCCAAUGCAACGUCAACAACUUCCCAUUUGGGACGUCUGCUUGCUGAAGAAUCAGGGACCGUUGGUUACUGUACCGCAAAGAACAAGCACCCAUUGAUAUCUGUCGAAGCAUUGCAUCAUCUACAUAUCUUUAUCUUCGUACUAGCAAUUGUACAUGUGACAUUUUGUGUUGUCACUGUUUUAUUUGGAGGGGCAAAGAUACGUGAAUGGAAACAUUGGGAGGACACCAUUGCAAAAGAGAAUUAUGAUACAGACAAACUUUUGAAAAGCCGGAAGGUCACCCAUGUCCAUCAACACGCCUUCAUUCAGGAUCACUUUCUGGGUAUUGGUAAAGAUUCAGCCAUUUUGGGUUGGGUGCAAGCCUUUUUCAAGCAAUUUUAUGGAUCGGUCACCAAAUCAGAUUACGUGACACUUCGACUUGGUUUCAUUAUGACACAUUGCAGGGGAAGUCCAAGGUUUAAUUUUCACAAGUAUAUGAUACGUGCCCUUGAAGAUGAUUUUAGGGAAGUCGUUGGUAUAAGUUGGUAUCUGUGGAUAUUUGUGGUUGUCUUCCUGUUGCUGAAUAUUAAUGGUUGGCAUACUUACUUUUGGAUAGCUUUUAUUCCUUUCAUUCUUCUUCUUGCUGUGGGCACUAAAUUGGAGCAUGUAAUUACCCAGUUGGCUCAUGAGGUUGCUGAGAAACAUGUAGCAAUAGAAGGAGAAUUGGUAGUUAAACCUUCAGAUGAUCACUUUUGGUUCCAUCGGCCUGGUUUUGUCCUGUUCUUGAUACAUUUUAUACUCUUCCAAAAUGCUUUUGAGAUAGCAUUUUUCUUUUGGAUAUGGGUUCAAUAUGGUUUCGAUUCCUGCAUUAUGGGACAAGUACGUUAUAUUGUUCCGAGGCUCAUUAUUGGGGUAUUUAUUCAGGUGGUCUGCAGUUAUAGCACACUGCCACUCUAUGCCAUUGUGGCACAGAUGGGAAGUUCCUUCAAGAAGGCAAUAUUUGAAGACCAUGUGCAAGUGGGUCUUGUUGGUUGGGCUCAGAAGGUGAAGAAGAAGACGGCGUUGAAGGCAGCAAGUGAAGCCUCUGGCCAAGGGGGUUCGACCACCAACGAUGGUUCUUCUAGUCUGGGAAUUCAGAUGGGGAAACUUGCGCGCAGGGAAGCUACAACUACACCGGACGAGAUUCAUCCCACAACUGGUUCUUAAGGACUUGAAUGAGCAGAGUAUAUAUCCAUCUUAGGAAGUGUCAAUAGGUUCAGGCUUUUCUCCUACUGUUUAAUAAUAUAUAUUGCUGUGGUUGAUUUUGUUAAACAAUUUUUAGGAGUACUGAUGAUAUUUGUCUGUUUGUAAGAUAUGUUUCAAACUGACAUGUAUAAUCCACCUUGUGGAUUUAAAAACAAGGUUUUGUUUAAGGUAUCUAGAACAUUAAACUAGUCCAACCAUUCACGUAAA